AUGGUUUCGGUAUCUCCGGCCGACAUGGAGGAAUUACUAUAUGCCCCUGAGCCCCACCGCUCGCAGAACCUGAGGGGGUUGUUUACGAGAAUGGCUGACCCAAAUGAAGAUCCUGUCUUCGUCGUCAAAUAUGCGCUUGAAAUCAACCAGGAGCUCAGACGUAGAUUGCAUGGGGCGUCGGCGGCUGGGUUCAGUACAUUCGGCAUUGCUUGCUUGAACGCGGGUAUAGUGAGAGCGAUGAUAGCUCUUGCUAACAAGGAGUGGCCCGAAUUGGAUCCGCGCCUUGAUCAGUGGGUAUUCAUCGCUCAAUACAACGGGAUCGAGGCUCUUUCUAUACUGUUGAACGCUGGUGAUAUACCGCAGCGCCGAGGUUUGCUAGACUCAAUGCUACAAGAGGGUGUCGUCGACUUAUGUAUGCGGUUAAUUCGACAUCGGCUAUGCCUGAUGCGGCGGUUGGGCAUCAAUACGCUGCAGUGCCUUGCAAGCGAGUCUAUGUUAGGAGAGAAAGUCUCCCCAUCGACGGCUGCCAACAUUAUUGAAGCCGUUUGUCUAUAUGCUCUUAACGGUCCGAGCGACUUUGUGUUUCAGCUCAACGACCCAGCGACGGAAUGGCAGGCAAAAUUAUUUUUCAUCGACGAUAGGACACCUAUUUCUGAAGCCAAGCGGCACGCUCGUCGAUAUCACUCCAUCACACAGGAAAGCGCCCUGUGGAUUGCACAUGGCCUGCUUUGUACAUUCUCCGGUCAUUCACGCCAGUUCUGCUCCGAUAUGAUCAAGAGGAAGCCCCAGAUCUUGGACCUCCUCCUUAACUGCGCGAUCAUCGAGCGGUCAGCAAGCCACCCAGAGAGCGAUGCAUCAGCGACGGCUUGUGAGGUCCUAGCCCUCCUCUUUCACCUGCCAUGCUAUGUGGUACCAGGGGUCGACAUCUCGCCACCACGCGAUAGGGAAUACAAGGACCCGUCUUGGAAGGAGACGCUACGCGCGAUGGCUAUCUUAACGUCACGGCCAGAUUGGCUUGAGAAACUUAUCAAGGUAUGGACACGCAUACAAGAGGAAGAUACACAGAUAUUUCAAAAUGUUGUCGCGACGUCUGCACACGCGUAUGCUGCUUUCGGUCAGAAGACUGAGUCCUACAUGGUUUUCGAGAAUCGCGGGACCUCUCGAGUAGUCGUACUCCGUUUUAUCGCUCUUCUUACCCACGCCGCGGACUUGUGCAGCAUCGCAACGCCGCAAAUCGAAUCCCUGCUGGCCAUCGCGUACCUCGGUUGUCGUAAAACUCAGCCAUCCCAAGGCCUCUUCACCAGAGAUGGUCCAUCCAUCGAAAAUCACAAAGAGGUCUAUCGCCUUCCGAUGUGGAGUCUCGACACACCAAGACUCGCGGAAGCCUCCGUUACGGUCGCACCUGAGCACAUCAUGGGCCCAACAGCAAUCAUUCGCCUACUCGCGGUCCUGGCUCAACGGAAGGCGCUCAGCGCCAUCCAGACUCUAACUGAGGCACCAAAGGAACUAUCGCCAUCGGCCUCGUUCAGCCAGAUUCAGCAGAUCACGCACCCCGACGUCAUCCGUCGCAUCAUCGAAAUUUCGCACAAGCGCCUACGGGUCCGGCUAGACCAUGGUCGCGGGAGUGCCAAGGGAACGCACGCAUGCGAUCACCAGUAUGCGCGCGAAGCGUUCGCGCAAGCCGCAGAGCUGGCAGCGGCACUAGUGGCGCUCGACACGCACACGGAGGGCGCGUAUAUGGCUGAGAUUCGCGGGGCGCGGAAGCAGCUGGUGAUUGCUCUGGGAAACGCGGCGCAGAUGGCGCUAAAUCUAGAGCAGUGGGGGAAGGCGAUUCACUUUGCGUGGGGCGCAUCCAAUGUUUCUCAAAACAUCCCGCCCGGGGAGGAACUGAGUCAGGAUAUUAUCAAAAAGAACAAAAGGCGAAUCGACCAAGCCAACACAGGACUUCGUGCCGAGGGAGUUCCCUUUGCAUAG